AUGAAACAUCACCGUGCUCAUCCCCCUAAGGGAUGGAAGUCUGUCAGAGAAGGAGUUGCACAAAAGAAGAGCAAGUCACAGCAGCACCCAGAACCUUCCAGCAAAAAAGCAGAUGGAGGACAAAAACUGGGACAAGAGAAGGAGGUCACACAGUCAGCCAAGAAGAGAGAGAAGCGACAGAGGGAGCAGUCCCUUGAAGGUUCUUGGAGCCUUUUUCCUUCUUCUAGAUCCAUUCUGAGUAAAUCAGUACAAGAAAAAGAUGACAUUCAAAAGCACCUCAACCUCCUAAAGGAAAGGCUUCUAAGACAUUACAAGACCCUGAAGGUGCCUAUUGGGAAGCUAAGCAACCUGAAAAAUGUGCUGAGUCUUAAGGUGGCAGAGAAACAGAAUCUCUCAUCCAAUGAAGAGGCUAUGGCCCUACUACAGGAAGAAAUAACCACAGUUGUGCAGACUGCCGAGAACACAGACGAGAAUAUUCAGAGCCUGCAGGACAAAAUCCAGACUCUCAGGAACCGGUUGGAGGAAGCUGAGGACAAGGCUAAGAAGUUGUUCCAGAAAAAUGGUACAGGGGUCCUCAGUCUUCCAGAACUCCCAAAGCACAGCCUAACAGCACCCAUUCUGCAGGAGGAGAUUCUGAAAAUCCAAGACCAGAAAGGUAUUCUGAAGGACCUAAGCACCAUCCAGCACUCACCUGAGAUGAAGAACAUGUUGACCCUCCUUGAACAGGCCUAUGAGAAGGUGGACUCCCUUUGAGGAAUCUGUACAUGAAGUUAUGCUGAGGCAGGCUUUAUUUCAUGGUCCAGCAGGUGUUGAUCCUGUGACAAUGUUUUUUGCUUCUGAAGACUUGCCUUCUGCAAUCACCAAGUGUCUAUUAGUCAAUCUUUUAUUAGCCAGAUAUUGGCACAAUAUAUUGAUCGUUGCCCAGUGGGACAUUAGUGACAUGCUGCUUUUUCACUGGCUUAAAGACCAGACAUAUAGAACCUAGCUCAUCCAGAAAAGGAGCACUUUUAAAUAGUGUAUAUAUUAUCUAUUAAUAAACUGGGUUAUGGCUG